GCAGCUUUCCAUUGUAAGAAACCAUAAGUAAACUUGGCAAUAUGGCUGGACUCUGUCUUACUAUGCUGUUUAUGAUUGUCACCAGUUCAUAUUCCCUGGAAGUUUCAACUAAAGUGAAUCCAUGCUGCUACUACCCCUGUCAGCACAAGGGUGUUUGUGUGAGGUUUGAAAUGGAGGAAUACCAAUGCGACUGCACCCGGACAGGCUAUUAUGGUACCAACUGCACAAUCCCUGAAUGGUGGACCAAAUUUCGGGAAUUAAUUCGUCCAAGUCCUGCUUUUUAUCACUACAUUUUGACCAGAUUUAAGUGGUUUUGGGAUAUAAUCAAUUCUACCUUCAUACGUGAUUUCAUUGUGAGACUUGUUUUGACAGUGCGUUCAAAUUUGAUACCUAGCCCACCAACAUACAAUUCUGAGUAUGGUUACAUUAGCUGGGAGGCGUAUUCUAACGUAAGCUACUUUACACGGGUUCUUCCUCCUGUGCCACAUGAUUGUCCUACUCCAAUGGGAACAAAAGGAAAAAAGGAACUCCCAGAUGCAACUUUUCUUGUGGAGACAUUUCUGAAAAGAGAAAAAUUCAUCCCUGACCCACAAGGCACAAACCUCCUCUUUGCCUUCUUUGCCCAGCAUUUUACACAUCAGUUUUUCAAGACAUAUGGCAGGAUGGGACGGGGUUUCAUUAAAGGAUUUGGCCAUGGUGUUGAUCUUAGUCAUAUUUAUGGAGACAGUUUGGAACGCCAGCAUAUUCUUCGCCUCUUCAAAGAUGGAAAACUCAAAUAUCAGAUAAUAAAUGGGGAAACAUAUCCUCCAACAGUAGUUGAAGCUCCAGUCCAUAUGAUUUAUCCAGAAAAUGUCCCCAAGGAGAAGCAAUUCGCAGUAGGGCAGGAGGUAUUUGGACUCCUCCCUGGAUUGAUGAUGUAUGCAACCCUUUGGCUCCGCGAACACAAUAGGGUUUGUGAUGUUCUGAAGAAGGAGCACCCUACUUGGGAUGAUGAGCAGCUGUUUCAAACUACAAGACUAAUUCUUAUAGGGGAGACUAUAAAGAUCGUCAUUGAAGACUAUGUUCAGCAUCUAAGUGGAUAUUAUUUGAAACUAAAAUUUGAUCCAGAAUUACUGUUUGGCGUGCAGUUCCAGUACAGGAAUCGGAUUGCUGUUGAGUUCAACCAGUUAUAUCACUGGCAUCCUCUUAUGCCGGAGAAAUUUAAAAUUAUCGAAGAUGAAUUCGGCUAUAGCAGCUUCAUCUACAAUACUUCCAUUAUUUUAGACUAUGGCGUUGAGGCUCUGGUGGAAUCCUUCACAAAACAAAUUGCUGGCAAGAUUGGUGGCGGAAAGAAUCAUCCACCUAGUCUGUUGAAGGUGGCUGCAGGUGUUAUUGAAGAAUCCCGAAACCUCAGACUACAACCUUUCAACGAAUAUCGAAAGAGAUUUGGAUUGAAGGCUUAUAAAUCAUUCAGAGAUUUAACAGGAGAAGAAAAAAUGGCAGCACAAUUGGAAGAGUUUUAUGGAGACAUAGAUGCACUUGAAUUUUACGUGGGGUUACUUUUGGAAAAACCCAAUCCAAAUUCAAUAUUUGGAGAAAGUAUGGUGGAAAUAGGUGCACCGUUCUCUCUUAAAGGACUACUGGGGAACCCAAUUUGCUCUCCAGAAUACUGGAAGCCCAGUACCUUUGGGGGAGAAACUGGGUUUAAUAUUGUAAAGACUGCCUCUAUUCAGAAGCUUGUGUGUCUCAAUGUAAAAACAUGCCCAUUUGUUGCAUUCCAUGUGCCAGAUGUAUUACCUACAUUAAAAAAAUCUGAUGAGCUUUAAUUUUGCUGAAAAGAUGCAUCAAUUAAAAGGUAUUUUUCUUUUAAUGAAAA